CGCUUUGGCGGUGAUGAGAAGCGGGAGAGGGAGCAAAGGGAAAGGCAGAAUAUACAGAUCUGCAGGAAAAUAGUGAGCGAGUGGAGCCAUGUCAGACAGGAGGCGACAGGGCCGGGCUCCGGGUAAAGGACUGGAUCCGCCAGCAGCUUUCAGCAGCAGGCAAAGCGGAGUGGAGGGCCUGAUUCCUCCGUCACACUUUGAGGGUCGAUGCCUUGCCCCACCAUCAGUGGGCACAGACCCCUGGGCUGCUCUGUCCAAGGCAACCAAAGAGAUCCUGGAACUGCGGCAAGAAAAUGAACGUCUGAGCGAGAUGCAGAUGGCGUCAAACAGGGACACCUUCAGAGGGCAUGCAGGAAGCGAAUCAGAAAAGAUUUGCAGCAGAGCCAGGUCCUUGGACCAGGAGAUGGCCCUCAAGCGGCCCGGGGAACUGGCUGAGCGGACAGAGAUCAUCGCUGAGCAGACACGGGAAAUCCACCGCUUGACGUUGGAUGCGAAGCUGCUGAGGAGCACAGUGCAGCGGCAGGCGGCCACAAUCGAAGAGAAGGACAGCCUGGAAGCACACCUCGGCGAGCAGCUCGGGGAGCUGAGGGCCGAGCUGCGGGAGCGGAGGCUGGAGGCCGGUCAGCUGCAGCUGCAGUACCAGGCCGAGGUGGAGCAGGCACAGAGCCAGCAGCGGGCAGAAAUCCAGCGCCUGAAGACCCAGUUGGCGUUGGAGCGGGCGUGCUCACGCGAGGAGGUGGAGCAGCUGAGGAGCGAGCUGGAAGAGCUGAGAGAGCGCCACCGGCAAGAGCUGUCUGCCCUGCAAGAGGAGUUGGCCAAGCAAGCUGAAACAAAGAGAAAAGACAGCCAGUUACAGAUUGCCAGGCUACAGGAAGCUCAGUAUCAACGCACAGCAGAGCUGUCACACUCGGCAGAGUCUCAUGACAAAGAGUGCACUGCCCUCCGGGAGACGCUGGCAGAGUUGGAGGAAGAGCUGAGGCGGAGCCGAAAGAAGGGACAGCGGGACGCGGCGUGCUUCAGCGAGAAGCUUGAGGUAGCCGGUCAGGAGCGGGACGCCUUGCAGGAGGAUUUGAGUAAAACAAAGCACGAGUUGGAAUCCCAAAAUUCCUUGAUCCAUCAACUCCGUAUGUACAUAGGACAACUGGUGCCGGACGAGAAGCAGCUGGAGGAAUCCCGACAGGAGAAGGAGGAGCUGAUUAACAGGGUGCAGUAUCUGGAGAAGGAGCGUGAGACACUGAGAGCCACAGCGGAACUCCUGAAUGUACGGCUGAGAUCACUGACUGACAUUCUUGCCAUCCAGGAAAGUGACUGCAGCAGAAAGCCCAAGCUGGAUGCCCAGGAUGGGGACAGUGGGAAGAGGCCACUGCUGGUGACCCGCUGGCGAGAGAAGGUGUUUGCUCUGAUGGUGCAGCUGAAAUCGCAGGAAAUCAGUCACGCCAAUGAUAUCAACCAACUCCAGGUCAAGAUUGCAAACCUGGAGGAGGAGCUCAGGAUGAAAGAUCAGGAACAUGCAGUGCUCCUACACAGCUUAGAAGACAGGACUGCAGAGAUGAACAUGGAGCGAGUGCAAAAGCAGACUUUCCAAGAGGAAUUAGCAGGCGCUCAGAAUGAUACAAUGAGGUUUCGGGGGAAGGCAGACCGAGCUGAGAAUACUCUGUGCCGCCUCAAGGAGGUGGUGAGCAGCUUUUAUCAGAAGUUCUUGGACCAGGAGGCAGAACUGAGGAAGGCCUUGUGUCGUUUGGUGAACCUGGGACAGAGGGUGACCUUUGCCAACAAGCGGAUUGAUACUAUUCACGGGUUAGUCGCUCGGAAGGAUGCUCUCAUACGGCUGCAGCUGCAGGAGAAGAGUGGAGAGGCGGGAUCUGAUUUCAGCGGGCGUUCCUACGAGGAUCUAGAGAAGGAGCUCGAGCUGUUGAAUGGGGAACGAGACCAGUUGGCAGCUGAGUUGAAGCGGAACUCCCAGCUGAUCGAGAAGAAGGUUGCUGAGGCCAGGCUAAAGUUUGACACCGAUUUAAAGGAUCGCCUGGUAGUGAUGGGGCAGUUGGAGGAAGCCUUGGAGGAGAAGUCCCAGUGCGAGCGGAGACUGACUGAGCAACUGAGUGAGUCCCAGAAGCAGCUUGCGGACAGUCAGGAGGCUGAAGAGAGCCUGCGGCUAGAGCUGUGCCGGCAGCAGGAGAAAUAUGAACAAGCUCUGCGCGAGAAGGUAGCGGAGGCAGAGAAGCGCUUGACCGAGCAGCUGUCCGAAAUGGAGAAACGACUCAACGAGGCCAGGAGGGAGCACACCAAGGCUGUCGUUGCCCUCCGUCAAACAGACCGACAGGCAGCACGUGACAAGGAACGAAUGCAAGCCUGUGGAAAAUUACAGGAAGAACAGCACCAGAGGGAAAUCCAACGACUCAGUAAUAAGAUGCGCGAACUGGAGAGGGACAAGAACCUUCUUGUGGCGACACUAAGACAGGAAGGGCUGCUCAGCCAGUUCAAGAAAAGCCGAUCGGUAGCUAUCCACUCCACAGCUGCCCUGCGUGAUGAAGAGGAGCUAGCCAGGCCUUUAUCCCAACCCCAGGCUUCAAAAGCUGGAAGCCAGGCCUACAAUAAAGAUUCCCUUGCUGAGGUUCUCGACGAGCUGCAGGUCUUGAGUGCGGUCGUGAUUGGGGACCAAGAGGAGGGAGACACAAAUGAGGAAGAAGAGAGUGAGUAGGAGGAGAAGAGGGAAGUCCGAGUCACUGGUCUUCCUCUCAGAUCACUGCUGAGCCAAUCCUCAAGUAUAAGGAAUGAAGGCUUCUAAGUUAUCGGAAAAGAGUCAACAAAGCUUAUCCAUCUAACAGACUCUCUGAAACAAUUGUUCUCUCUAUGACAUUGCCCUUUCCAAGCCGUACUACUUUGUAGAUCUCGUCACAGGCUGCUCCUGCAGGCUGCACAGACUCACUCUAUCAUCUAGGGACGAGAGCUGCUUUGUCAGCACACAGCACAGCAAUUAUUUGUUGGCAAUUAUUUAUCUCUUUCUCAUCUUUCCUCAUCCAAGGUACCGAUUCCUCACCACAGUUCCAUGGCACCCUCCAUUACUCAAGUGACCAUCCUUUGUAGGUGAGUCCAGCCGGCGAGUCUCAGCGGGCUAUUCUGCUGUGAGGUGCAGCUGAACCUGCCCUCACCAGGAUGCUCAAAGAUGCUUUCCAGCAGAGUCCCCAGGUCCCCUUCAGCAAUGGGAACUGUGUCUGAUAGCUAUCCCUCCCCACAGUAGUACAAAGGGAACUGAGCCCAUUCAUUACCUCUCAUCGCACUGAGCACAGGCUAUGGACCACACAUAAAACUUGUUUAUCUCAUUACUCUCACCAGACAGCACCCUUUAACUUCUAACCUGAGCUCUUGCUGCUUUAGCAAUACUGGAGAAAGUUUGAAUUUAAAUCAGUUCACCUCUUCAGGCUUCUCAACAUAUCAUCUGCAUUGCAAAUAGCUGAAUUGUCAACAAACUGGUAGAAGUAUAUUGAUUUUCACUUCUGUUUAAGGAAGUGCAAAAAAAAUCAGGGAAUGAACAUUUAACAUUCAUUACCAAAUGUGUUAAUAACUUUCCACCAAGAGCUUUUUUGUAUGGUUGAACUAAAAUGUUCAGUAAUAACCAGUUUUCAGUAGUGCCUGUCUCAGACACAAAUUGUCAAAUUCCUAUGUUAUCAUUGUAAACUGUACAUAGUUUAUAUUUAUUUUUUCAAC